UCCCCGCUCCCACUCCCCCGGCUGGGCCGCGCCCCGACGGCGACCGGAGCUGUCUGCGCUCGCCUUACCCACUGCUUCCCGCCGUCCUCCCUGUCCCUUCCCGUCCCACGAAGCGGGGUGCUCCGCCGGGACAGCGCCUCCGCGACAGGAUGUUCACAUCCAAGUCCAACUCCGUGUCGCCAUCGCCGUCCCUGGAACAGGCCGACGCGGACGCGCUGGACAUCAGCACCAAAGUGCAGCUCUACGGGGUUCUAUGGAAGCGGCCGUUUGGGAGAUCGUCGGCCAAAUGGUCCCGACGGUUUUUCAUCAUCAAAGAAAGCUUUCUGCUUUACUACUCUGAGAGUGAAAAAAAGAGCUUUGAAACCAAUAAAUACUUCAAUAUCCAUCCUAAGGGUGUCAUCCCGCUAGGUGGCUGUCUGGUGGAGGCAAGAGAAGAGCCCAGCAUGCCCUAUGCCAUGAAGAUCUCACACCAGGACUUCCAUGGGAAUGUCCUGCUGGCUGCUGAGUCUGAGUUUGAGCAGACCCAAUGGCUUGAGAUGCUGCAGGAGUCUGGGAAAGUGACCUGGAAAAACGCCCAGCUAGGAGAAGCUAUGAUCAAAAGCCUGGAAGCACAGGGGCUGCAGCUGGCUAAGGAAAAGCAGGAGUAUUUAGACAAGCUGAUGGAGGAGACUGAAGAACUGUGCCUCCAGAGGGAGCAGAGAGAGGAGCUCGAGCGCCUGAACCAGGUGCUGGAGGCAGAGAAGCAGCAGUUCGAGGAAGUGGUGCAAGAGCUGAGAGUGGAGCAGGAGCAGAUCAAGAGGGAGCUAGAACUCACUGCAAGAUGUCUCAAGGGUGUGGAACAAGAGAAGAGGGAGCUGAGGCAUUUCACAGAAUCCUUACAGCACACGCUGGAGGAACUGUCAAUAGAGAAGAAGAAAACCCUAGAGAUGCUGGAGGAAGAUAAGAACCAGCCACAGCCAUCCACCAACCAGAGUGAGCAGCCUCCUGCCAGUGAUGGUCUCCAUAGCAACCUCAGGCAGAUCGAAGAGCGGAUGCAGGAGCUUUUGGCAGAGAAGCUUCUGGCAGAGAAGCGGAUGAAGGAGAACGAGGAACGCUCACGGGCCCUGGAAGAGGAACGGGAGUUCUACUCCAGCCAAUCUCAAGCCCUGCAGAACUCGCUGCAGGAGCUGACAGCAGAGAAGCAGCAGGCUGAACGGGAGCUCAAGGCUGAAGUAAAGGUCCGCAUGGACCUGGAGAGGCGACUUCGAGAGGCAGAGGCGGCCUUACGGAGCCUGGAACAAGGGCUCAAUUCCAAGGUCCGGAACAAGGAGAAGGAAGAGAGGAUGCGCGCUGACGUGAGCCACCUGAAAAGGUUCUUCGAGGAGUGCAUCCGGAACGCGGAGCUGGAGGCCAAGAUGCCAGUGAUCAUGAAGAACUCAGUGUACAUCCACAAGGCCGCCACCCGCCGCAUCAAGAGCUGCCGCUUCCACCGUCGCCGGUCCAGCACUUCGUGGAAUGACAUGAAGCCGUCCCAGUCCUUCAUGACCUCCCAACUAGAGGCCAACAACAUAGAGGAGCUGAAGGAGGUGGCCAAGCGGCUAAGCCGAGACCAGCGCUUCCGGGAAUCCAUCUACCACAUCAUGGCCACCCAGCCUGGGGCCUCUGCACUCCCCCGGGGUGGAAAGUGAUGGGCACCCCCUCCCCACCUCCCAUCUUUCCUUGGUGGGACAGGAGGGAGGCCUGACUCCCCUUGGCUCCUCUCCACCAGAGUACCACUGAGGGAGGGGCACCUUCAUUCUCAAAGGCGGUGGUACC